AUGCAAAAUCAAACGUUUAUUCAUCAAAUGCAUACUAAUGAUGAUACAAAUAUGAUUAUCAAUGAGUUUGACAGAAUUGAAGCCAUGAAAGAAAAAUCGAAGAAUGCAGCAAGAAGUCGACGUGAAAAAGAAAAUGCUGAAUUUUUUGAAUUAGCAAAACUUUUACCAUUACCACAUGCAAUUACUGAUCAAUUGGAUAAAGCAUCAAUUAUUCGUCUUACAACAAGUUAUCUUAAAAUGCGUGCUAUUAUACCCGAAGGUAAUCUAAUGAUCUAG